GUGGAGUGGCGAUUGAAUACGGCGCCAGUGCGCAGUCGUUGUUGUCGAAGUUAUCAGGGCCCGGAGUCAAUUCGCUUUGAUUUUUUCGCACUGCCCUCAAAUGCAAGCGAGUCCGCCUAGGCAGCGCUACGUUUCCGGCGUUCUGCUCCGAUCCGAUCCGAUCCGAUCCGAUUUGAUUCAAUCCGCCUCCGUUUUGUGUCAGUACUCAGAAGCCGUCGCAACCAGAGACCUUUACCCGAAUUGAUCUAAGCAAAGCAUAAACAACGAAUAAAAAAGUGAAAAUGUGCCAGAAAUCAGCCGGAAAAGCUAUUAAUUAAACAGUAAAAACAAGGACGAAGAACCACGCCCGGGGAAGUGGGAGAGCGCCGUGCCCUCCGGCGGACAGUGUCCGGCUGUCAGUUGGCCAAACAGUUCAUCAAUAAACGAUUCGACUUCCGUUUCAUUGCGUGUCCUUACCUGUGCAUGUCUGCGUGUGCGUGUAUGUGUAUGUGUGCGUGUAUGUGAGCUGAGGAAACUUUGCAACUUCCGGCCAAGUGACUUCUAUUUAAUUUCUUUGGCUUUUUUAUGGUCAAGGCAUUUAAUUAAUUUUACUAUGGCAAUUUGAUCGUCUGCUGGUCUGCUGGUCUGCUGAACUCUGACCCCUAACCCUGUGGCACACACAAAACAAGGAACCAGAAAAAGGAGGAGGAGCCAGCCACACUCAUUUCCACCGAACAAUUGACAUGUAGUUCGCACCGAAGGUGAACUCCAACGUUCUGUGAUAGACGAGUAUACGAGCAGCCAAUCCCCUUGGGAUUCUGCCCCCCAUCGAUUCUCGAUUCAAUCAAAUUGAAUCCCGAAUCAGACAGCGAAUCGAAGGUGAUCUUGACUUUUGGAGCGGCUAUCAGAAACAGCCGCAAACUGUCGACUCUGUCGAUACGUAACUUCUCGGCAAACAUGCUGAACAAUCUUGGGGCCAAUGUGCUGGGUCCCAAGGAUUGUGAUCUGCCAAAGGCCGCGCUAACAGCGCUGCACGCGGGCGUCAACAGUUUUGGCCAACUGCCCGUGGGUCCCAACUUGGCCGAACUUGGCGGCGGAGCAGGCGGUGGAUCUUCUGGCGGAGUUCCGGUGGGCGGAGGAGUGGCACGCCUACACAUUUCAGGCGGACUGUGUGACAAUUCCAAUGUGCUGAACAGCGGAAACGGAAACGCUGGCAACGGAAACGGCAACAACAACGGCAACGGCAACAGCAACAACAACAACAUGCAGCAACAGGAUCAGCACCUGGACAAAAACAAGCAGAAGCGCCACCGCACCCGCUUCACGCCGGCCCAACUGAACGAGCUGGAGCGCUGCUUCUCGAAGACCCACUACCCGGACAUCUUCAUGCGCGAGGAGAUCGCCAUGCGCAUCGGACUGACCGAGUCCCGUGUUCAGGUCUGGUUCCAGAACCGUCGGGCCAAGUGGAAGAAGCGCAAGAAGACCACCAACGUGUUCCGCACCCCGGGCGCCCUACUGCCCUCUCAUGGACUUCCGCCGUUCGGGGCCAACAUCACCAAUAUCGCCAUGGGCGAUGGCCUCUGCGGCACGGGAAUGUUCGGCGGAGAUCGCUGGAGCGUGGGCGUUAACCCCAUGACGGCAGGCUUUGGCCAGCUGAAUCAGUCGUCGCCACUCUCGUCCUCGCUGAACAGCGGCCUGAACUCGGGCAUUAACAUGGGCUCCGCCCUGGGAGCGGGCAGCUACCAGCACUACGGCCUCAACGCUCUGGGCGACUCCAUGAUGUACCAGCACAGUGUGGGCGGGGUCAGCUGUGGGCCCAGUGGUUCGCCGAGCGCCACCACCCCGCCGAACAUGAACAGCUGCUCGUCGGUGACCCCGCCGCCACUUUCCGCGCAGCCGAACUCUAGCCAAAACGAGCUGAACGGCGAGCCCAUGCCACUGCACCAGCAGCAACAACAGCAGAGUCACCAACAGCAGCAGCAAUCUCACCAACAGCAGCAGCAACAGGCUCACCACCAGCAGCAGCAGCAAGCUCACCAACAGCAGCAAAUGGCGCCACCGACACCCAGUCUUCGACCUGGUCAAGAACUUCAAGGUGGUGGCCAAGGCGACGCAGGACUUGCGCUCUGCCACCAGUCCAUGCAGUCGCCGACAGAUGGCGCCACCGAUGACGACGUGUGGCGGGGACACAGCAUCGCAGCGCUGCGACGGCGGGCUUCGGAACUCAAUGCCACCGCUAUUCCAUCCUAUUUACAUCACCACAAUUAUGAGCAUCACAACUCGGUCUACUGAAAUUUGUUGAAGAGCUUCGAAAGCUUUUCGGAUUACGGGUUCACCAACUGCGGAGGUCCCGACUUGGGCUAGGGUGUUGUAAUUGUAAAGUUCGUGUAACCGGCCGUUGGGGAUUCAAAAUGCGAAACUGCGGCAGCGAAGCGUUAUAAGAUAACCAAAACCUAGGCUUAGGGCAUUGUACAAUUUAUGUGUUUGCAUUAUUUGUUUCAUGAUUUCCAAGAUUAAACUUAAAAGACUAUAAUGAAUGUAAACCAUGUAUACGAGAAACGAAGCUUGAGAAGGCACUAACGAUUGGAAAACCACGAUUACGAUUACGUGUGUAUUCGAAACUAGCUCCUAAGCCAACUAUGAAACUAUUCCCGCAUGAAUAUGUAGACACUAGACUUAACAUUUGCCGUAAAGAAUACGAAAACUGUAAAAACUUGAUCGCAAGCGAGGAUAGGACGAAACGAGUCCUCGGGGCGGCACAAUAAUUUUUGGCAAGGCGAUGUACCCGAAUUCGCGCUUAGUUCGUAUGUAAGCAUAUUUAUGCCUAGGAGUGUAUGUAAGUAGAUCUAUUCUUAUGUAAGUGUUGUUGUUUUUGUGUAUAGACAGUCUCCUUCCAUUCCGUUCCGUUGCUAUCACUUGAUCUAACCAUACGAUACAACCCAUAGAAUAUCAAACGAGCAGCCCCAACUAUAGCAAAGUGACACUGACGCACCUCAAGUCUCAACCUAAAACCGUUUCAGAGUGCACGCAUCCAAUGGAUUACUUUUACGAUUACCAAUUACAAAUUAAACAAAUAAAAAUACCAUUAUAUACACAUACAUGCAUACGAUUAUGGCAUACUUGUAAUAGACUUCCUUGUAUCGUUUAAGCCUAAAUUUAAAUCCAACUAAAACAAAAAACGAAACACAAUUACUAUGUAUGUAAUUAUGCGUAUUAUUAAAUAGUAAACUAAAUUAAAAUUGAAC